UGUGUGAUGAGCAAUAGCUGUGGACCUUACAGUUGCCGCUAACUGCCCUGGUGUGUGUGUGAGUGUAUGUGUGUGUGAGCGAGAGAGAGGAGAGACAGAGAGAGGGAGGGAGGGAGGGAGCGGAGAGGGUGGGGGGGAGAGAUAAGAGGCAGAAGAGGAAAAGGAGAGAGGAGAAGGAAGGAAGAAGAAGGAAGGAAGGGGACAAUACGAUCAUGCUGUGCUGUAUGAGAAGAACAAAACAGGUUGAAAAAAAUGAGGAUGGGGACCAAAAGAUCGAACAAGAUGGCAUCAAACCAGAAGAUAAAGCUCAUAAGGCAGCCACCAAAAUCCAGGCCAGCUUCCGUGGACACAUAACAAGGAAAAAGCUCAAGGGGGAGAAGAAGGGAGAUGCUCCAGCAUCUGAGACUGAUGCUGCUGACAAGAAGGAGGAAGGCCCUGCCGGUGGAGCGGCCGAGAACAAAGAGACCGAGGCUCCCACUGCCACAGAAGCUGCCACCGCUGACAGUGCCCAGGUGGAGGAGGGCAGCAAAGACAGCAGCACACCAGCGGAGGAGAAAAAAGGGGAUGGAGCCGCCGAUACGGGCUCAGAGCAGCCAGCCCCGCAGGCUGCUGCUCCUGCUGCCUCCUCCGAGGAGAAGCCCGCUGCUGCCGCUGCCGAAACAGAAAGUGCCACUAAAGCUUCCACUGAUAACUCGCCGUCCUUGAAGGCUGAUGAAGCCCAAGACAAAGAGGAGCCUAAACAAGCCGACGUGCCUGCUGCUGACACCACUGCCACUACCACCACCCCUGCCGCAGAGGAUGCUACUGCCAAGGCAACAGCGCAACCCCAAAUGGAGACAGUGGAGAGCAGCCAAACCGAAGAGAAGACAGAUGCUGUAGAAGAAACCAAACCUACUGAAAGUGCCCAGCAGGAAGAGGUGAAAGAAGAAGAGAGCAAGGCGGACCAAGAAAAUGCCUGAACAUUAAGAAAUGACUCCCCAUUGCCCCUCCCUCCCUCCCCCUAUCCUCUAUCCUUCCUUCCCACCCCAAUCUCAAUCUUCCCCCCUUCCCGCUCACAUCCGUGAGCCUGUCCAUCCCUUUCCCAUUCCCACUGAAAACCCUUUUUCUCUCUGUGUGGCAAACAUUUAAAGAAAAAAAGAGAAAAAAGAAAAAAAAGAAAAAAAAAGAAAAAAAAAAGGCAGGAAAAAUCCCAGUCAAACAGUGUGGCUUAAACAUUUCUUUGUUCCUUGGUGUUGUUAUGGCGAGUUUUUUGGUAAUGAUGAUCCAAUCAUUUUGGGAAAAUUCUUGCACUGUAUCAGAGUUCCUUGACCUGGCGCGUGCGUGUGUCUGUCUGCCCACCGCGAGCGCUCCCUCUCUUUCUCUCUUUCCUCUCCUUCUCCCUCUCUUCUCCAAGUAUGUGUGCGUGUGUGUGCAAUGUUCCGUUCAUCCGAGGAGUCCAGACUUUACCGAGUGAGUUAAAACAAAAGAGGGGGGAAAAAAAAGAAAAACCAAGAAUAAAAAAAUCCUUUUCUUCCUUUUUCAAUGCGAUGGAAUGAACGAAAAAGACCAAAUCCAACCAACCAAAUCAUACUAAAACCCCAGUCUGUUUUCAGAACUAGAACAACAACAAAAUAAGCAAUGUGCCAACUAGCAUAAUGCUUGGCUCCAGGCUCCUUUUUCAAACUGAACAAUAAUGAUAAUAAAUGAGAAUAAUGAGAAUUAACACCACCGUGUCGCAUUUCUAUGCUGCCGUACGCCCUGCUGGCCUCUGCAGGCUUUGGUGGGCCACUUCUGCGUGGCCCCACUGUGCUCCUUGGCCACUGGUCAGUGACCAACCGCUCUCCCUUGGCACUACUGAAGGGAAUUUUAAGGGAAGCGGGCUUGGAUUUGGAGUGAGGCCUUAGCAUCAACUGAUACAAUAAUGAAAGUAGCAAAAUCAGUUUUAGGAAGGAACUAAAUAAGCAGCCUUCUAGGAGACCUCUAAGCCCUGAUUUGGAGAACCAUGGCGACCUUGGAGUGAUGAGCCAGCAGAGGGACCGGCUUUGGUCCAUGCUGAAGGUCCAACCCCUGCCAAAAGGUGCACUAUGGGCCAUGAGGGGAUAGGGACCUGAGGCAGAUAAGCUGAUGCUCAUCCCAUUUGGCUAAAGUUGAAUAGCAUAGCAUGGCCCUCCAAAAGUGUUCUGUUUGGCAUAAUAAAUUGGGCCAAUGCAUUGAAUAAAUAGCCAGUAGUGGGCAGGACAAGGUCUGGUAGGUAAGACCCAGUCAAUGGCACUUUGAGAAAUACCUCAUUCCUGCUCCCUGGAGAAAGCUGGGAUGGUUCACCCAGAGGCCAUGGCUCUUAGCUGUCAUUCGUGGCCUUCCUCUGUAGCCAGCUAAAAGCAUGGUGCAGGCAGAGCACCACUACUACUUUCCAUGGGGUGCAGGAUGUUCCCUGGUGCAUGCCAAGUGGACACCCAUUAGCCCCAGACGGUCCUGAUGCAGGACUGACAGCCAUUGGAGUCUGCUGCUCUGUUUAUGAGCUGCCAGGGUGAACACUUAAAAUGUAUUCAAUAAUAACUGGGCUUUUAUGAAAGCUUUUUGCUCUUUCACUGCCCAGAUUAUUACCCUGUGCUUUCCCACCAUGGUUUCCUGGCCGCACCAGCAAGGAUUGCCAUACAACGCUGCAGGGCCACCACUAAACUGGCCUCACAGCAGUAACACCAAAAAGAUGGGUCUGCUGACAGCCCCAACAUCCCUUGGUGGCUGAUGCUUGGAGUGGCAGCCCUGUGGCCUUCAGAGGACUGGUUGCCUUUCCCUGCACUACUUGUUUGUUCUCCUCCAUCUCUUUGUUGGAAAUAGGGAGAAAAGAUGAACAGUGUCUCCUCAGAGAUGAUCAGUUUGAACAUAGACUGCUCACUGGAAGUGCUAUCAAAAUGCAUCAGGAUUCGUUUCCAUGUUCUUCCUGGUGUAGGAAGAAGAGAGAGGGAGAGAGGGAGGACUUUUAAAAAGAGAGGGAAAGAGAGAGUGGGAGAGAGAUUGGACAGAGAUUUUUAAAAACAGGGAUUACAGAGAGGAGGGGGGGAAGAUUUUCGAGUGGAUAGAUGGAUGAUAGGGAGAGAGAGGGGAGUAUAGCUAGAGUAAGAAAGAUUAGAGUGAAAAAGAUGAGAGAGAGACAGGAAGAAAUUAGCUAAUAUGGAGCAAUAGAUGAUUGAUAGAGAUAGUGAAACAUAGCUAGCUAAAGUAGAUUAGACAGACUAAAUAGGUAGAAAGAUGGGCUGACUGACAGAUAGGUAUUGUGUCAUACUUCAUAAACAAUAUAUAUGCUAAUAUUCCCAUGUCAUGACGGGUGGUAAACCCUGAGACACCUUCCAGCCUGACCUCAAUUCAGCAAAUGUAGCGCGGACAUCAGGCACUGCUUGGACCGUAUGUCAGGUCUCACCCCUCUGCCUGCUUCUGCUGCGGAUGUGGCAGGGGGGUGGAUGGUGUUUGGGGAGGGAGAGCGCUCUGAUGGACACGGGGGAUGAGGUGUAGGGAGGAGAGGUGUAGAGUAUGUUUGCUGUUCGUAGCACACAAGGUGCCCAAGCCCAGCUCGGUCGCUGCAGGCACCUCGUGUCUCUAGCGCUGAGUGGAAAGAACUAAAAAGUUCAGCUCUCAGCAUCUGUGGGAGAGGUGUUUGGGAGGAGGCAGGAAGGAGGGAGCAUGGUUUUUGUUUGGCCUCAUCUCCAGUCAUGACCAUUCACAAGAGUUUUCUUAUAAGGGCUGUCUUGCCUGAUUCUGCACAGACCGCGUGGUCUCCCCGCUCUUCUCACUUCAGACCCAGAGCUUCUCAUCUUCCCUCCACUUUACUAGUUCUAGCUUUAUAAGGAAUACAAAACUGCCUCUCAUGUCUCCUGGACAUAGGCCUUCCUCCCUCCUCAUAAACCAGAAACGUUUGUCUCUCCCCAGGGAUGUUUUACCUUUGUAUUUCCCAUGUUGCCUCCCCUUGGCUGACGGUUAGGGCAUCGCGCGUGUUUUGUCACCGUUCGUAACAACAUACUUUGCCGCGUUGCUUAGAGAACAAAGGGUUGGGGUUUGUGUUUUGGUCUUCCCCCCCCCCCCCCCCCCAAAGAGAACCGGGUACGUGGUGACCAGCUGCAAACCUAAGUAAUCUAAAUACUGAUUCCUCUCCCUUGGUUCUAGUUUAAUAUUACUAGCUGUAACCAGGCACCUCCCUGUCUUUCUUAUUGUGCCAUGUCCUGAUCCGGCCAGAGAGUCAGGGCAAAGAGAGCGUGAGAGAGAGCACACAGGCAAACCCUGCCUAGAGCAGGCACUGGUUUCAAGUGUAAUACACAAGAUUUGUGUAGGAAGCUGGGCUGUCUUCAGGGUACAGGAAGGGAGCAGAGAAAAGCAUUUGGAUUUCCUUGAGUUGCCUCUUCAGCCAGGUUUUAAAAGGCUAAAAGGAAACAGUCUAAAGGAUGUAGCAUGGGACAGAAACUGGAAGGAGAACAGGGGUAUUUGAGGAACGAUUUUUCUAGCAGGAUAUCAAGUGAGCUGAGAGCAGCACAAGAGGCAGGAGGUCCCAGAAGUAAGGAGUGGAGCAAAGAGUACCCAGCAGGGUAGCUGGAGCUCCUGAUGCAACAACCAGCAUGAAUUCCCCAGGGAGUAUAGAUCUAAUCCUCUCUCCCUGAAGGGGAUAGCUUUGCUUUGUAGUUGUUAUUUUAUAUCUGGAGAGGGAAGGGCAUAUCAGAAUGGCUCACGCUGGGAAUAUGGUGCCUGACCUCAUGUACAGUGCUGUGGAAAUUCAGAGUCCAAGGGGGUGUUUUUCCAUGCCCCUGUACUAAGAUAUGUUUGUGAUCCACAUCUAACCUGAAUGCUCAUACCAGCUGUAGGCCAGCUCUUGACAUUUCAUCUCAUCUAGACUAAGCCUUGGAAAAGUGCAAAAAAACCCAACCUAACAACACCCCCCAUCAAUGCAGUAGAUCGUUUGCAUGGAUUCAGUCUGCUUUGCAAUUCUUGUGGCAUCCCCAGACUCUGCAUUGGUAGCAAACUCACAACCCUUGUGACAGUUGCAUCAGCCAGGAUGCUCCACCGUGAGCCACAUUCCAAAGGGAGGGGAAGGGCAUCCUGCUGAGAUCCCUUCAGACCCAGUGUUUUCCAGCCCCAACCCCUAAUGCAGCCCUGUGAGAAGCCUUAGCAAGACGGAGCUCACCUAUGGUGACAACGUAAACACUGUCACUUUGGGAAUAUGUUAGUCUAAAGGAAAGAAAUGGCCAGGACUGGAGGAGAAGGGUUUAGGAAGACAGGAAAGAAGAUAAAACAGAAAGAGGGAGUUCAUUCCAAGCUCCCCAUGGGAGUGAUUUCUGGCUUUUCUGAGGUCUCUGAAUGGCAAAGUAGCGCGUGAGGCUUUCUGUACUGAAGGUCUGGUGUUUGGCAUAGGUGUCUUAGGAAGCAAACAGCGCGGCUGUGGUUUGCAGAGGUGGAGGGAAGGGUCUUGAAUGAAUGUUGUUGUGGCCCCUCUUGGCUAAGAUGCCCUCUUGGUGGUCAUGUGCAGCUCAGUGAUGAGGGGGUUGGUGUGGUGGGUCCUCUUCCAGGCCUGUGCUCAGAUUCCCUCUUUUCUGCAUUGCCACAUUAGCACUUUCACUGGAUAUUUAGAGCACCUCAGGACUGGUUCUCCUCUCGCUCACACCGGGGUAACUCAGGAGUCGCUCCACUGGAACCAGUGGUGUUAAUCUGGUGUGAAACGAAGGCGAGAGGAGGAUUCAACUCCUCGCGGGGGGAUUUUCCAGGUCCCCGAGGGGGAAAGCAAAAUCAAUGGGAGUUACAUGUCUAACUGCCACUUGUGCCUGUGAAAGUCUGCCCCUUAUCUACCUAUAUGUAUAUAGGGUACAGUUUUCAGGAUAACCUAAGUGACAUGGGCACAUGAGAACACACACGGCUUUCAAAGGGACAUAAGCUCCUAAGGCCCAAAUGCUGAAGGAUGCCCAGACUCCUCUCUGCAGCCAAUUUGGGGGUCUCAGGACAAAAUGGGACUGAAGACCAUGUGUCAUUUAGGUGGUCCUGAAAGCGCUACCCUCUAUCCAUUCUUCAGGGUGUUGAUCUCAGGUCAUGUGCGAGCCUGCAUUCUUACCUACAAUGCUUUAUUACUACAUUCCUCUGUUGAGCAAUACUUGGAAGAAGAGGUGAAGGUCAAGAUUUGCAGAACAGGCUAUAGUGACCCCAGUGGCUCACAUCUGGAGUGCCCAACUUAAGAGACACCUCGCUGGGGCCCAAUCCAUAGGUCCUCUCUAUACUCUGAACAUCCAGAUUCAUGUAAUACACACCCAGAACCACUGGUCACUUCCAAAGUAAGAUCACAGCCUGAGACUUAGACUACUCUCACUAAAGAAAAUCCUAGGUGAACCGUUCAUCCAAUAGCUUGUUUUUUCUGCUCAUGCCUGUUCCCAAUGAAUGAAACGCAUCCCUGUGCAUCACCUAAGCCCUAUUUUGAGGAGUUACGCUGGCAUACAGCUGAAGUAACACAGUAGUAAAUUGGGGCCUGAAGAAGGUGGCUACAGCCUAGAGAGUAUCAAGAACUGUGACGUGUCUGGAAGCUAAAUAAGAGCAGAACUUGACGAUUAGAGCGGCCCAUUUCCGAUGCUCUUGUGUGAGGAUCUGGAAAGAGUCUCUCACUCAUUGUACUUGUGCAUUAUGAAUGUGUCCAUCUGCAGAGAUCUAAUGUACACAUAUGUCCUGAAUAUUGUCCUAAGGUUGCAAGCUUCAAAAAUGAGCAGAAAACAUUCCCGAGAAGUGAGAAUAAUACAGAUGUCUGUAUCUGAAAAAUUGGUUCAAAUAAAGUCUCUCACUUAUA